AGGCGGUGCAUUGUGCGCGGCGGUGGGGCCGGGCCGGGGCCAUGGAGCGCUGGACCGGGCGCGUCGCGCUGGUCACCGGUGCCUCCGUGGGUAUCGGCGCGGCUGUGGCGCGGGCGCUGGUGCAGCACGGCAUGAAGGUGGUGGGGUGCGCUCGCAGCGUCGACAAGAUCGAGAAACUAGCAGCUGAAUGUCAGAGUGCUGGCUACCCUGGAACCCUCAUCCCAUACAAGUGUGAUCUCUCCAACGAAGAGGAGAUCCUGUCAAUGUUCUCUGCCAUCAAGACCCUUCACCAAGGAGUUGAUGUGUGCAUCAACAACGCAGGGCUUGCUCGGCCAGAGCCCCUGCUCUCGGGGAAGACGGAGGGUUGGCGAACGAUGAUAGAUGUCAAUGUAAUGGCUGUAAGUAUCUGUACCCGAGAGGCCUACCAGUCCAUGAAAGAGAGAAACAUUGAUGAUGGGCAUAUUAUUAACAUUAACAGCAUGAAUGGCCACAGUGUUGUGCCACAGUCAGUGGUGCAUUUCUACAGUGCCACCAAAUACGCAGUUACAGCCCUCACGGAGGGGCUGAGGCAAGAACUCAGAGAAGCAAAGACUCAUAUACGAGCUACAUGUAUCUCCCCAGGACUGGUGGAAACAGGAUUUGCUUUUAAACUUCAUGACAAUGACCCCGAGAGAGCUGCUGCAACCUACGAGAGCAUUCGGUGUCUCAAAGCUGAAGAUAUGGCUAAUGCUGUCAUAUAUGUCCUCAGUGCUCCACCUCACGUACAGAUUGGAGAUAUACAGAUGAGGCCCACAGAACAGAUAUCAUAGCAGAUGAAGAGGACUGUGAGCAGCACCGUGUAUCCACUCCACUUCGAACCCUCUGGCAAUUCAGGGUUCCAUCAGCUGGCUGGCAACAUUUUAAUCAAGUACCAAGGAUCAUGUUUGAAGAAUUGUUUUUCUCUCCCUCUCUCUGAGUUGGUGCUGGUGCUGAGCCAGUGUAUGAAAAACGAGUAGUGGGUCUCUUUGUGCCCCACUCCUUUCUGACGCUGUUUUAAGAGUAAAAUGUGUUUGCAAAUAAUGCAGGGAAGUGGUUUGUAGAAGAUUAUUGUCUCCAAGCUGGUUUAUUCUUCCUUUUGCUUUCUUUAUAAGGUUUGUUUCUUAUUUGCUGAUGCUGUGUCUGGACACAGGGGAAGUGGCACAAGGUGUUUGCCAGCUUCAGUGUGCUUAGGGUUUGAGAUGUCAUACAUGAAUCCAUCUAAUUUUGGGGUUUACUUUCAUCAGAUUGAUUACUGAUGGUAAUGAUGCAUGUGGUAUUUUCUACUUCUUACUCCACUGCCCUACACCCAAUGUACAAUCUCACCCUCCUCCCCAAGCUCUCCUUUCCCAUUCACAUGGAUCAUGCCUGCCGAGUUUGAGGAAGUAUAAAUGUGUGUGCUUGCUAUUUCUCUUUCUUUCUAGGUAGGUAGGUAAAUAGUUGGAGGACGAGCACCUGUACUUCUGCAGGUUAGAAUGAUAAUCUAAGUGGUAUAGUUACAGUAAGAGUGAGUUGUUUGGUAAUUUAAAUAAAAACUAAAUGUGUGCUGUCUUGUGAUCACCUCUAUGCUUGGUAUUAUCUCCCAGCACUCUUCAUGUUUCUGUAUGUGAUAUUUGCAUGCAUUGACACUUUUCUGGAAAUAUUGAUGGGUCUUAGAAAGAUGUUUAAAUGCUGGUUCUGUUUAAAUGCUGGUGAGCUGGAAAUGUUGAAAGUUUGCUUAUAUGCAGAGAUACACACUUGGAGAGAGUGAGAGUGAAAUGAACCAUGCUGAAGCUGUCCAAAAGGAAAAGAUUUGCCUGCAAAGCAGCAGGUGAAAGGUCUGGUUAAGAUCUUGUGUUAGUUCUACACUGGUGCAGCCCCAUUGUUUUGCUCUGGAUUUAUUCUAGCUUGAGGGAGAAGAGAGUCAGCCUCAAAGCUGAUAUGUGCAGAGCUGGAGGCCACUUGAGUUGUCUUAAGAUUCUUGGAGUGUGGCAGAAGCACAUCUGUGUGUAGUCCAACUCGCUGCAGAGGUAUGGAGCUGUUAAUGUGUGUGUUGCCUUAAGGUUGCAGACUUGCUCUUGCUGUCUCUGGACUUCCUGUAGUGUUUUGGAAGGCAAAGGUUGGUUUAGGUGGAGUAGGAAUGGUCAGUUGAUUGGAGUGGAGGAUUGGGAGCCAGAGAAACUUGGGUUGGAUUUGCUUACACCAGUGGGAGUUCAUCUGUGUUCCACCACCAUAAGGGAGACUAAAAAUGGGCCACUAGAACAUGAGUUUCAACUCCCUAUAUAGCCUUGGGCAAGUCACCUUACCUCUCUGCCUCAGUUUCCCCAUCUGUAAAAUGGGGAUAAUAAUACUUGCCUACCUCACAGGGGUGUUGUGAGGACUCACAAACUUUUGUAAAGCACUUUGAAUCUGAGAAGCGCUGUGUAAGUGCUGAGUGUUGAGAUGAAGUAUUAUUAUUAAUGAAAUCUCAUGAUACUUAGAAUUCCUUGUGCCAAAGGUGAGCAACUGUAGGAUACAAGGAGAAAACUGGUAACAUUUACUUUGUAAUGCCAAAACAAAGGCAGUUUGCCCCUUUUUUUCCUCUUUAUAAAUACAUGCUCAUGGUGUGUUCUGUUCAUUCCUCCUCUUGUCACCAGUUUCUGCUGGCAAGUACUUGUAGCCUCAUCUCUGGAGUUGGCCUUUUCAUUUACUGUGAGUGAAAUUUGUGCCCCAUGAGGUCUUGGACGCCUGUAAUGCACUGCCCAUCUUCACCUUGCUGAGGUGGUGGCUUUGUGUUGGAUUCUUUGCACAGAGCUGGGUUUCAGCCGUGGCAUUGAAUUAGAUCAUGUCCUGCAAGGAACAGCCAGCCCAGAUCUGCACGCAGCCAGCAAUCCCUUUUGCCAGCUGGAAAAGCUCUUCUGUCUCCAAGCCGCUGUGAUCCUCCAUUCAGAGGCAUUUGGCUAAGGAAGGUUCAGUCCCUGCUGUGCUUUCUGUAACACCCCUGUGAUGUUCAGCCAAACUUGAUAUGAAAACUGGUGUUUUCCAUAGUGUCUCUUUUGCAGGAGCUUGUUGAAGUGCAGUAGAUGUGCUGUGCAGUGUGUGCCAUCUUUUUAAGAGAAGGUUAUUGAACUGGGAGUUCAGAAAGAGUUGAGAAAUUAGGAGAUAUAUAUUUCUGAGCAGAAAAGGAGCAAGGGUGUGGGAUAGCACUGGUGAAACGUGUAUUGAUGGCUGCAACUAUGUGCUGAGUUAAGCAGAUGUUGAAAUCCAUGGCCGAGGAGGGACCUGACUUAUCUUUCUGCUCUGUAAAAGAGGCUUUGGAGAGAAUUGCUUAAGAUGCAGGGCCUUGAGAAAGGGCCAUUCUGGGUACUUGCUCCCUGCAAAUACAAGCUGUCUGGAAGUUUGUUCUGUUCUUUUCCCUGAGAACAUUGGUAACAGUUGCAAGUCUAUAAAGUAACCUUGAAAUGAUAUCCAGUAUAUUUUUCCAUUUCAAAUGUGGUUUUAGGGGUAUAAUCCCUGCUGCCCAUUAACUUCCCACAUGAAGCAUGGCCCAUGGAGGGGUUUGUCUGGCCACUCUGCCUCGUGAAUGCGGUGCCACCUCCCUGGUGGGAGGGAUUGGCAGCAUAACUCCAAGGCAUUUAAACCCCCAAACAGAAGGGUGAACUGUGUAAUUUAUCAGUAGGUUUCUCAUUGUGAACUGUAAAAUAAAGAAUAAAAAGAGAGGCACACUGUGGUU